AUGCGGCGUGUGUGGAUGCCCGUGCAUCUGAUGCACCGACGUCAUGUAUUCCACGCCACGGCAAUCAUGCUGUCAACACCAUCCACCUCCACUACGACCACUAGUACAAACACUAUGAAGAGUAGUAGUAACAGUGCGGGGCCGGGGACCUGCAUUGCCCCCGGGCCGUACCGCUGCGUCGGCAACGUCUUCAUUGUCCACUGCGACGACCACCCCUUCAAACACUCGUGGGAAAUCAACCGCAUGCUGCGGGAGCUGCGGCUCGAGUUUAAGGGCCAGACGGCCAUCGUGCCGGACAUCCCGCAGGUGCGGCGGCAGCUCUGGCGCGUGCGGCACGUCGUGCGGGUGGACACACUCGACCUCGACGAGGCCCGCGCGCUCAUUGGCGUCCCGGAGCACGUCGGCUUUGCGGAUUUGGCCGCGCAGCUCCCCGCCGCUUUUGGCCGCGGCCGCGCGGUGGCAAAUCCCGUCAUGCGCAGCAAAAUGAACUUCAUGCAACUGCGGCGUAUGCGGCUGCGGGACGUGCUGCACCGCGACGCCCUCGAACUGCGGCUGCUGGAGGAAAGACGGAAGGCGUUGGCCACACAGCAGGGAACGGCAGAACAACAAAAAGGAGAGGAAGGUGGUGAAGGUGUAAAGUAA